AUGGCUGCUGAGUGGAACCAGAGUUCCAGCGAGACCCAAUCGGUUUCCUCUCAGGGAGAACUUCCGAAAGGCACCUUCCCUGAUGACGAGAAAAUGUCCAGCCUCGAAGCUGAGAAUAGCACGAAGGACGACCAUGUCUACCUCGUGGAUACCCUCCCUCUUGCUCGCCAGAUUGCCUUUAUCCUGACUAUCUGCUCGGCCAUGUACACGAAUCAGCUUGGACUGGGCCAAACAAUGGACAUCGUCCGUAUUAUCGGGGACUGGUACGGAAUCACCAAUAGCAACGAGCUGUCGUGGCUGGUGGCCGGCUACAGCUUGACCAUUGGCACCUUUGUCCUGAUUGCCGGACGGCUGGGCGACGACUUCGGACAUAAGAAGAUGUUCAUCAUCGGCAUGGGCUGGUACGCGCUAUGGACCCUUGUCUGCGGUCUGUCAGUCUAUUCAACGCAGGUUCUCUUCAUAUUCGCCCGUGUCUUCCAGGGAAUGGGUCCGGCCGUGACGCUGCCCAACGCGAUUGCCAUCCUCGGCCAGUCAUACGCCCCUGGACCACGCAAGAACAUGGCCUUUGCAUUUUUCGGCGGCAGCGCACCCUUUGGAGCCAUCUCUGGCUUUGCAACUGGCGGCCUCUUUGCUCUGGCCUGGUGGCCGUGGGCAUACUGGAGCGCGGCCAUCGCACUCACUUGCCUGGCUGUGUUCUCCGCCUGGUCCAUCCCUCCCCAACCGCUGAGUGUUACAUCCAAAACCCUGACGGUCCGCCAGAAGAUCGCACACCUGGACCUUCCAGGCUGCUUUACUGGUGUGGCCUCUCUGGUCUUGAUCAAUUUCGCGUGGAACCAGGCCGCCGGGGUCGGAUGGCAAGAGCCAUACAUAUAUGUGUGCCUCAUCCUGGGAUUCUUCUUUGCAGCGGCCUUCUUUUGGGUCGAACUGCACUGGUCAAAGGAUCCCAUCCUGCCGCUUGCGGCUUUCAACUCGGACAUUGCCUUUGUACUGGGCUGCACCGCCUGUGGCUGGGCGACCUUCGGCAUCUGGGUGUAUUAUGCGGCCGUCUUCGUCAUGGAGUUAAACAAAGUCAGCCCACUGCUUCUUGCUGCCUGGUACAGCCCAGUGAUUCCCUCGGGACUCUGCUCGGCCCUCGCAGUGGGGAAGCUUCUCGGCCGCAUCUCAGCCGCAUGGGUCAUGGUCAUCGGUAUGAUUGCGUACCUGAUCGGGUCGAUUCUCAUCGCCACCAUGCCGACGCACCAGAUCUACUGGGGCAAUUUCUUCUGGAGUGUGCUCAUCAUCUGCAUUGGCAUGGACUCAUCCUUCCCCGCCGCGACGAUCAUCUUCUCAGAUGCCGUGCCACCCAAGUACCAGGGCAUCGGCGCCAGUGUGGUCAUGACCAUCGUGAACUAUAGUAUUUCGCUGGGACUGGGCUUUGCUGGGACGGUGGAGCGGGAGGUCAAUAAUGGGGGCCACACCUAUGAUGAUAAGAAGAAGGGGUAUCGCAGUGCAUUCUACUUCGAGCUUGGGUUGGCCGGUUUGGGCCUGGUGUUGAGUCUUGCCUUCUUGGUUAAGGGUCACUUCCGCAAGAAGGCUAAGAAGACUGCUACUGCGUCUCAAGCCCAGAGUGCUUAA